GCGAGACAGCGGCGUCGCACUGCGCAUGUGCGCGGCGGGCGCCGUCACGUUGCACGGCUCGGCCCAAUCAUCAGAAACUUUUUUUCCAACAGAGAUUUGUAAGAUGGCGACCGCCGAACCGGAAACCAACCCAAGUUCUUCCCAGCCUGAUGAAGAUGGAGCUGAGGAGACUGGACAGGAGAUUGUGAACCCAGAGGCCUACAUCAAACACCCCCUCCAGAACAGAUGGUCCCUGUGGUUCUUCAAGAACGACAAGAGCAAAACAUGGCAGGCCAACCUGCGACUCAUCUCUAAAUUUGACACGGUUGAAGAUUUCUGGGCGCUCUACAACCAUAUCCAACUGUCAAGCAACCUCAUGUCAGGCUGUGAUUACUCCCUAUUUAAGGAUGACAUCGAGCCCAUGUGGGAGGACGAGAGGAACAAGCGUGGCGGCCGCUGGCUGCUCACACUCAACAAGCAGCAGAGGAGACAAGACCUGGACCGCUUCUGGCUGGAAACUCUCCUGUGCUUAGUCGGAGAGGCCUUUGACGACUACAGCGAUCAGGUCUGUGGCGCCGUGGUCAACAUCCGCACGAAAGGAGAUAAAAUAGCCGUGUGGACAUCGGACUAUGAGAACCGGGACGCUGUAACACACAUAGGGAGAGUUUACAAGGAGCGCCUGGGGCUUCCCUUGAAGAUGACUAUUGGCUACCAGUCUCACGCAGACACAGCUACCAAAAGCGGCUCAACCACCAAGAACAAAUUUGUGGUUUGAGAAAUGCCCAAUGUGCCUUCUUUUCAUUUUUUCUUGUCUUAUUUGUUGAUGGUUCAUAUGUUUACUUUGCUACAAAGACUCUGCGGAAUGCAAUCUGGAAAAAAAACUAAACUGUCAAACGUUUCCAUAACCUGCCAAGGACUUGAACCACAUGAAAAAAACAAACAUGGACUAACAGAUGAACAUGAAACUUCCAAAACACUAACAAUGAUAGGUUUUAAGAAUAAUGGGUGAUUUAGAAUGAUGCAAACUUUACUCAGUACAUUUGUGGUGAUUUUCUUCUUUUCAUGUCAAGGAAUCCUGAAAUGCAAAAAAAAAAACUAAAAAAAAGAAUAUAUAUAUAUAUAUUAUUCUCUCCCAUGUACUACAGCAUCGUUGGUUUGCUAUAACCCUAAAUUACAUGAUUUUAAUUUAUUUUUAAUUUGCCUGCAUAUGAUUAGAUUGUUAGACCUUUGUUUUUGCUUUUUUUUGCCUUGAUCUGUUGCACGUAAUCAACCUUAAAAAAGUAUUUCAUAACUCAUAUUCAUUUGAGUGUUAAUAUAAUUAAAACAUUGGUUUUGCAAUUA